AUGAUGGUCCGCAUCGAAGACAUGAAGCCAAUGCUCAUGAAUGUCAACGGGGAGGACGUCCCCUUGCCUAACCGAUUCACCUUUGAUAUCCGCCCUAAAUGCUUCAAGAGCGACUAUUCCGAUGACUCCUCUAGCUCCUCUGUAUUUGGAGAGCUCAGACGUGUCAUAGAUCCCCAAAUUCUCAGCGGCAAAGUCGCCUCCAGGUGGUUGGACACCAACCACGACCUCUCGGACGAUAUCCAGGCCAUACUCAACACCCCUCGGGCAGUCCCUACCGCAGAUGAACCUCCUCUUGAACACGAGACUCGUCACCAGGAUGCGUCAGCGGCGGCCAAUCCGCCUGAAGAUUCCAAAGACAGUAUGGGUGCGCCUGAAAUCUCGGAAGCACAACCGCAAGAUGACGAGGAACAACGCUUCCGCAACAUGAUCAACCGUCUCCAAAAGCGCUUGCCAACACCGUCUUUGGUGAAGCCUAGAGUACCAUCCAUCAAACUACAACCUGCGGAUCCGGCCAUCUUGUCUGCCAAACUAAAGGAUGGUGCAGUGUUCGAAAAUGCCCACCUGAGCCGAGUUACUGUGAUUCACCCUGAGAGGAAGGGCGGAUCCAGUGACUCUGGGUACGCCAGCGCCAGCAACCCAUCGUCUACUAUCCAUUACUCAACGCCAGAGAACUCUAUGGAUUCACAAGACGAACCCGUUGCGGACACCAAGAGAGGUUUAGAGCCCCAAAGCGCCACCAAGAAACUGAAUCCUGCAGCGGCCGAGUUCAAGAUUUCUACCGACAGUGUCCAUCUGCCGGUAUUUACUCCCAAGAAGCUUUCUCGUGGCCCACUUACCUCACUUCUUUUCAACCCAAGUCCUGAUGCGCCCGUGGCCGGAUCUAUUCCUCCAGUGGAUAGGCUACAAACUGCUGAGACAAACCAGGAGGCAAGCACUGGAGUUGAUAUGGUGCAGACACAACAGUCAAGUCCGAUAAAGUCCGGUGCGAAGACCAAGCACCGAAAAGCAUUUCAAGUUCCGCCCACCCAGCAUCCUUCCAACCCUGUUUUAGCCAGUGUCAAUCCAAUGACUGGCACUCAUUCCAGCUUGAGCUUGCAGCCACAGAAACCCAGUACGGGUUUACCGUUCUUCCCUGCUCCAUGGAUGGGAGGACCAGGUUUGGGCAACUUUGGGACGUUCCCACCCUCUGCCGGGCCAUCGAUGGCUGUUCCGCCGUUCAACAUGCAACCCUUAAACAUGGCAGCAAGUUUGGGCACUGGAACUUUGCUGCCUUCAAUGCGGCCGCCCAUUCCACCGUUUGCGCCGGCUCCUAUCGGCGGCUUGGGAUCAGUGUAUCCUCAGGCCGCAGUGUCAGCAAUGCCGACAGUACAGCCGUCAAUUCCACUUACAGGCGCAGGUCAACCAGCUCAGCCAGGGCCCAAGGCUGAUCGCCCUUAUUUCCCCGUUACGACGAAGCCUCGGGUCCCGGAUCCGAUCAAGCAGCAACAAUAUGAGGAGUAUUUGGAAUGGCGCAAAGCCAAUGAGCCCGGGUACCAUAUCAAGUGCAAGAUCCGACAGGCGAACCGCAUAGUGCGUCAGCAUCAACACCAAGUCGAGCCUACCAAGCUCGAGGAACCGGGCCUCACGCUUGAAUGGAAAGUAAGGGCCGAAGAGGCCAAAACCGUAGUGCGGGAGAUGGAAGCUCGGCGUGCAGAAGAGAAGAGGUUGAAGCAGAAACUUGUGGCUGAAGAGUUCAAAGCCAAAGUUAUUGAGAGGGUCAUGGCGGACGUCGUGAAGAAGGACGACAAGGAGGUCUCUGCAAAGAACGAUAACAAGGUCCCUGAAAAGAAGAUGGAAGGCAAGCAUGCUCUUGAGAAGAUCAUCGAAAAGGUGACUGAAGACAAGGUAACAACUGGGGAGAUUGCCGAGCAGACACCAUGCGACAUGGGAAUCGCCGAGAAGAAGAUGGAGGUGAUCAAGGAAGGAGUGACGGCGUGA